CCUGCCAACUGCCGGAUCGCUUUCACGACAGGAUGUCGGUUCCUUACUGCCGUAAACUGGAACAGCUUCGGACAGGGCGGAUGGUUGUGUGUUGUCAGUGAUGAGCUGUAGGUGCCUAACUGUCUUUUCGUUUGUUGGAAAAUUAUCGAGAACAAGAAUAUUUCAUAGUACCCGGGUAAAGGAAACUGGAGGGGACAAAUACGUGGUGUUGGGAGGAAGGUGCUGUCCAGUUUCGAGCAGUGCUGCUGAUCAAAGUGACAAUGGUACCGAGAUUUCAAGUUUCCAACCUCCUGCAGAGUCGCACCAUGACUGGGUUGGCCCUCCAGAUAGAUUUUCAAACCUAAGACCUAUGAAGUAUUAUACGCCAAAGCUUGAAUCCAAACUGGAGCAGGAGCUGAGGAAAUUAAGGGUGGACACACAAGACUGGAAUCAGAACUUUUGGUUGAAUCAGAACAUAACUUUCAACAAGGAGAAAGAGAAGUUCAUACAGUCCCGCUUAAAGGCAAAAGGAAUCGGUUUAAGAGAUGAGGAAGGGAGAAAAAAUACUCUCAGUGCAGAAGAGAUGGCUGAAUUUUAUAAGGAAUUUCUUGAUAUAAAUUAUAAUAAACAUGUGAACUACAAUAAGGAAUGGUACAAACGUAAUUUUACUAUCACAUGGUUAAUGGGUCGAGUUGUGUUGCAGAAUGUCUGGAGGAAAUGGAGGAGGAGGAAGGAAGUCGAACAAUGAAGAUCCUGUUCUAUGAAAAGUUUAGUACGAUUUAAAUGCUUGGAAUUGAAACUUAACUUUGCCAUUAGGCUAUUAAAAUCUGGGCAUAUAUUUUUGCAUCUUGAAUUAAAUGUAUCCUAAGACAUACAUAAUUGUAAUCAGUUUUUGAUGUAUAUUCUGUGUUUAUCUUCUAAGAAUAUACAUGUUUGUUCAGUAGUGUUGGAUUCAAGUCCCACCUGUUCCAGGAGUGUGUAAUAACAUCUCCGAAUAAUUUCAUUAAAAAUGCUCUAAUAAUAUAAUAGCUAUUCAUAUGAGAUUACUGAUGAAGAGCCCAUUAAUUGAACAGCAACCAGAAAUUCUUUUUCAAUGAGAAAUGAAGAAAUUAUAGCAAAAAACUGGUAAUCAUCUCAGCAGAAACCAGCAACCUUAUUUAUUGAAAAGUCCAUAAUCCCUGUUAUUACUAAAAGAAUUAAGCCACUGCAUUGUGAAGUUGUAAACAUGAGUUUUUACUAUUCAGUAGAUUAUUCACCUAAUGUUAAAAUCAUAACCAAUUCCAAUCUUCCUAUCCACACACCUCCAUUUUCUGGCAAUUAUCACUGCAUAAAAAUUGCAAGUUGGAGGUCUCACUGGUUUCCCUCCUUCCUGCUAACCCUGUGUCUGAGGCACUGAAUCAAUUUGUUGAGAAGAUAAAUCCUCUAGUCUGAAUCACUUAUUAGCACAUUAUAUCAAGCAAUUUUCUCACAAGCCAUUUAAGGAGGGAGAUAGUUUUUUUUAUUAUCAACCACUCAAAUAAAAUUGGAGUUUUAUUUAUGGUAUUGUGUGUGUGUUGUACCGGAUAUUAUUGGAUUUGGAAUCUGGUACAUCUCAGAAAAUUUUUCAUCUUUGCAGUGUUUUCUCCACUUAGCCACGUCAUGUACUUUGUUAGGAGCAGAGAUAAGAAAAUUGAGAAAUUGAAACACUUGCUCCAUUGGCUUUGCUAUCAAUUACAAGAGAUUACAAUCUGACAAUUCGAACA